AUGGCUUCUGAUAAAGAAGAUAAGAUUAACGUCCCGGCUCAGGACCCUGAUGCUAAGAUGGGUGAGACGUUGAGUCUUCAGGGGUCGAUGCAGGUUGCGGAGGAGGGAGUUGAUAACCACUAUAGAGGAAGAAAGGUUCUUCGAAGAAUCGAUCUUUGUCUUAUGCCCCUUCUUCUCGUAUCAUAUACACUCCAGUUCCUUGACAAGCAGUCACUCAACUUUGCUUCUAUCAUGGGCAUCAUCGACGACUUGGACCUCGUCGGAUCAAGAUACAGCUGGUGCAGCAGCGCCUUCUACUUCGGCUACCUCGCCUUCAGCUACCCAGCGUCGUGGCUAAUGGUCCGUCUGCCCCUGGGCAAAUACCUCGCUGGAUCAAGUCUCGCCUGGGCCAUUAUCCUCUGCUGCCACGCCGCAGUCCAAAGUUUCCCCGGUCUUCUAGUCGCUCGUUUCUUCCUCGGUGUAGCAGAAGCCUCCAUCUCGCCUGGCUUCUCCCUUAUCACUGGAAUGUGGUAUAAGCGUGAGGAACAACCUUUCCGACAUGGUAUUUGGUUCUUGGGUAAUGCCAUUGCAACUUCGUUUGGAGGUCUUUUGGCUUAUGGUAUCGCUCAUAUUGGUGGUGCCCUCGAGGCUUGGAGAUGGCUCUUCAUCAUCUUCGGUCUCAUCACCCUCGUCUGGGCCAUCGUCCUAGCCAUCUUCCUCCCCGAUACCCCCGACAACGCACGCUUCCUCGAUCAACAACAACGCAUCGAUGCCGUCGAUCGUAUUCGAAGCAACCAAACUGGUAUGAAGAACAACAGCUUCAAGUGGGAGCAGGUCCGAGAGGUCAUCAAGGACCCUAAUGUCCUGCUGUUGAUGGUCUUCCAAAUUGCUUUCAGCAUUCCCAAUGGUGCACACACAACAUUCAGCAGUCUUGUCAUGGCAGGCUUCGGCUUCAGCCGUUUCCAGGUCUACCUUCUCAACAUGCCCAUGGGUGCUAUCCUUGCUUUCUUCGCCCUCGGCUCCACAUACCUUUGCAGUCGUUUCAACGGCUACCGAACCAUUAUUGGCGCAUGCCUCAGCUUGAUCAGUUUGGCUGGCUCGCUUCUUGUUCGCUACGGCCCCAACCAAGGAAGUCAACUCUUCGGACUGUGGAUCUUCGUUGCAUUUGCUGCUGGUUUCCCCAUUUCCUUGUCAAUGGUUGCUUCCAACGUCGCUGGCUUUACCAAGAAGAGUGUUGCCUCCGCGAUGAUGUUCAUGGCAUACACAACUGGUAACAUCAUCGGCCCUUUUCUGUUCUUCCCCCGAGAGGCCCCCGAGUACUCGAGCGGUUUCUUGGCGACUUCGGUCUGCUUCGGCAUUUCGACCGUUACCAUGAUUGUUCUCCGAUUCGUUUUGAUCGCUGAGAAUAAGCGACGCGAUAAGCUUCAACAGACGAGCUCUGGUCUUCGGGAUGAGACGGAGUAUCUUGAGAUCUCUGAUGUUACUGAUAGGAAGAACCUCAACUUCCGUUAUGUUUACUAA